CCAAUAACAGAAGAAGAAGAAGACUGGCGCGUUAGCAUUCGACAACACGGGUUGGACUAUCUGACACAGCUAAGGACAUUUCACCAUACUUUUUGUCGUUUUGGCACUCAAAAACAUUCUUUCUGUACUAAACGUGGACUUUUGUAUGUUUAUGGGGAAAAAAACAACUUGUUUUUCGACGACAAAGUAGGAGACUUACAAGCUAGCAUGUCGAGUCACAGCCGCCGUUGGAGAGACUCUCAGUCCUUCUGCAAGAAGUUAAACUUUGACAAGGUGACAGUAAUGGACUCCCCGCAGCUGAUGGACGCCGGCGUCUUCGAACAACUGUUGGAUCCCAAGAAGCGCUACGGUGAGGACGACAAGGAGGGACAGUGGGGCGAGGAGAGCUUCAGUUCCCCGUCCCAAUUGAUGUCCCCGAACUCGGCUCUCUUCUCCACCUGCACGCCCUCCCGGAGGAAAGGUCCGCUGUUACACCCAGCUUCACCGGAGCGGUCAGACGGAUCCAGCGCUCCCAUCCCCGCCUGCCCGGAAACACCUCCGCAUAAAACCCCUAGUAAACUGCAACGUUUGGACACGCCGCAUAAACCAAAGAGCCUUCAGUCCCCAAAGAGGACCUCGUCCAGCAUGAGGGGUUACAUCUUCAAUGAUGUGAAGUCUGCAACAAUGUCCUUCAAAGAAAGCAUCACCGGGACACAUCCAAUGCCUCUGGUCAACUUUAACCCUUUCUCUCCCGACUCCCUGCUCAUCCAGUCGGCCACGCAGCAGGGCAGCAACAGGAAACGAGUGCACUGGAACGUUUCCAGUGGUGGUGAAGACUUAGAGACAGGUGACGCUAAGGAACAUGAGGAAAUCAUGCCAGCAUCCAAGAGCAUUACCAUGAUGCAGAGCAACAUGAUGGCAUCUCGCUACGACUCAGAGUUCCUGGAGCUGGAAGAGAUCGGCUGUGGCCAGUUUGGCACAGUGUUCAAGUGUGUAAAGAGACUAGACGGAUGCAUCUACGCCAUCAAGCACUCCAAGAAGCCUCUCACCGGAGCAGUGGAGAAACAGAAAGCGUUGCAGGAAGUGUACGCCCACGCUGUGCUGCACCAGCACCCCCACGUGGUGCAUUACUACUCUGCAUGGGUCGAGGACGGCCACAUGUUCAUCCAGAACGAGUACUGCAAUGGCGGCACCCUGUCCGACGUCAUCACCGACAAUGCCAAGCGCCUCCGCCACCUGACGGAACUCGAACUUAAGGAUCUACUGCUGCAGGUCGUCCGCGGCCUUAAGCACAUCCACUCCAUGUCGCUGGUGCACAUGGACAUCAAGCCAAGCAACAUCUUCAUCUGUUGCAAGUCUAUCAUCAACUGUGACGAGGACAACCUAAACAGCAAAGCUGUCUACAAAAUAGGAGAUCUUGGUCAUGUGACACGAGCCAACAAUUCUCUGGUGGAAGAAGGAGACUGUCGCUAUCUGGCCAACGAAGUUUUCCAACAGGACUAUACUGAUCUGGCCAAGGCAGAUGUAUUUGCCCUCGCUCUCACCGUCAUCAGCGCCUCAGGGGCGCAGCCUUUGGCCAACAAUGGCGACGCGUGGCAUGAAAUCCGCCUUGGGAAACUGCCCGACAUCCCCCAAGUGCUCUUGCUGGAGUUUGUCAGCCUGCUCAAGCUGAUGAUAGACCCUGACCUGGCCAGACGGCCCUCCACCUCUGACCUCAUCUAUCACCCGGUGCUCCUGACGGCCACCAGAAUGAAUGCCAAGCAGCUCCGAGUCGAGCUCAACGCUGUCAAGUUAAAAAAUGCCCUCUUGCGAAAGGAGCUUCAGAAUGUUCAGCUGGCCAAAAGCACCGCUGAGAAGACUAACAGACCGUGGACCCGCUCCAACAGAUCAUGCAGACUCAUUGGGAAGUCCAUGGGCCGCUCGUUUAGCCUCAACAUCCUUUGAACUCUAACUACGUUUCAUGUACUUUGUUAAAAAAAUACAC